GGAAAAGCAAAGCUGGGAGGAGCAGAAGAGGAGAAAUGAUCGUGAUAUCAGUCUGUCCUGAUAAAAGAAGAAACACUAUCACUCCUGAAUCACAGCAUCUACAGAAAUGGAGAGAAUCACAUGUAUGUCUCUUCUGCUCACAGCUGUGGUCAGUUCUUCUGCACGAGCUCUGCAUCAGUAUCACUUUGUGAAUCAGAAGAAGAGCUGGACUGAAGCUCAGAGUUACUGCAGAGAGAAAUACACAGAUCUGGUCACUAUCAGUGACAUACAAGAACAGAAUGACAUUGAACAGACCAUAAAGAGAGCGAAGAGCAAUGCUGACCGUGUCUGGAUUGGACUGAAGAACACAAGAGUUGGUUUCUGGAGUGACCCUGUCUUCUACAGAGAACAGUACAGGAACUGGGGAUCCGACCAACCAGGAGGAGAUGGAGACUGUGUUUUCUUGGGUUGUGGGAAUGAUCAGAGUUGUGUGAAUGAUCAUAAAGGACAGUGGCAUGAUGUAAACUGUAGUACAACAAGGCCUUUCAUCUGCUAUAAUGGUGAGUUCAGCUGUAAGUGA